AUGUCGUCGACCACACAGACUGUAGCUGCGAUCGCUUUCCAAGCGAAAAGGGCUUGUGCCAAGGCGGCUCAAUAUGCCUGGGAUAUCAUCAAGCCAGACGGCCACUGGUACGGUGAACUCAAGGCCAAUGCCACGCUGACUGCCGAGCAGGUCUUCUUUUACCAGUCCUUAGGCCUAGAGAAGGGACACAUCCCUGAUGCGGCCGAGUACAAGAAAUAUCUACUCCACGAGCAACAGGCCGACGGCUCUUGGACCAUUGCCCCAGACUACCCAGGAGACGUCUCAACUAGUUGUGAGGCGUACGUUGCGCUCAAGAUCCUCGGCGUGCCAACAGAUGCUCCAGAGAUGCAGAGAGCACGAAGCUUCAUUCGAGAUAGCGGUGGUGUGGCCAAGGUGCGCGUCUUCACGCGCAUCUACUUUGCCCAGUUCGGACUCUUCCCGUGGGCAGCUAUACCUCAGCUCCCUGCCGAACUAAUCCUUUUGCCCUCGUAUGCGCCUCUCAACAUAUACCGGCUCGCGUCGUGGGCGCGCUCCACGGUGGUCCCCUUACUGAUCAUCGCCCAUCACCGGCCUAUAUACGCACUACCGAAUGGCAAAUCCCCCAACAACACGUAUGCAGACGAACUCUGGCUAGACCCAACCAACAAGAUGGCUCCACUGGGGCCUUCACUGUUUGAUCCCUUUGGCACAGACCUGUUCAGCUACUUCUUCACCGUACUUGACACAGCCCUGUACUGGCUCGACGGUCUGCGUCUAAAUCCUUUGCGAGGGUAUGCGCGGCGGCAAUGCAUCAAGUGGAUUCUGGAGCGACAGGAGAAGGCGGGUGACUGGGCCGGCAUAAUCCCACCGAUGCAUUUUGGAGUCCAGGCGUUGCUUCUGGAAGGCUACAAAAUGACUGACAAGGCCAUCAUCCUUGGCAUGGAAGCUAUUGAGCGCUUUACCUGGAGCGACAAGACAGGCGGCAAGCGAUUGCAGUCUUGCGUAUCGCCUCUGUGGGACACUGUGCUCAUGGUACACGGCCUCUGCGACGUCGGUCUCGAUCCAUCAGACGUGCGCCUUCGAAAGGCAGUUCGCUGGAUACGGGAGCGCCAGAUCCACGAGCAGCACGGCGACUGGCUCGUCUACAGCCCGACCCUGAUAUCGGCUGGCUGGAGCUUCGAAUACUACAACACGUGGUAUCCGGAUGUUGACAACACAGCGGCCGCGCUGAUCACCCUCAUCAAGCACAGUCCUAGCGCCGUAGGCCUCGACGAUGUCGUCAAGGCCGCGUGGUGGAUUUGCGGAAUGCAGAACCCGGACGGCGGCUGGGGGGCCUUCGACAAGGAGAACGACCGCCUGUGGCUCAACCGCAUCCCCUUCAGUGACAUGAACAGCCUCUGCGACCCGUCCACCCCGGACGUCACGGGCCACAUGCUCGAAGUCUUUGGGCUCAUGAUGCACACCGUAUCGCGCGGCGGCCAGCGCGUCAGGGACCCCGCCCUCAUCGAGCACAUGGAGCGGGCGUCGGCCCGCGCGAUCGUGUACCUCAUCGAGACGCAGGAGCCGACGGGCGCGUGGUACGGCCGCUGGGGCGUCAACUACCUAUACGGCACGAGCAACGUGCUCUGCGGGCUCGCGUACUUUGCCAACGGUGACACCGACGAGGGCAGGAUGAGCCGUGCAAUGGCGGCCGCGGGCGCGCGCUGGAUCAAGCAGGCGCAGAAUCCCGACGGUGGGUGGGGCGAGGCUCUGCAGACGUACCGGGAUCCUUCGUGGUCAGCGCCGGCGCCCUCAACGCCCUCGCAGACGGCGUGGGCACUGAUGGGCCUGCUGGCGACAUGCACGGUCGAUGACGAGGCGGUGCUGGCGGGCGUGGCGCACCUGGUGGGCACGCAGACGGACGUGCUUGGGGAAGGGUCGGCGUCGUGGCCCGAGAGGCUGUACACGGGGACUGGGUUUCCUAACUUCUUUUACAUCGGGUAUACGCUGUACCGGCAUUACUUUCCGCUGAUGGCUUUGGGGAGGUUUGUCCGGGCUGCGGAGGCUGCGAAAACAAUGCCAAAACCAGACAUGGCGGUGAAUGGCUUUGGGACCGAGGAAGUGAGUCAGUGA